CAAGCCGUCGCAGUCAGUGCGUGUGUGACUCCCUUUGAACAGACGUCUCUUUGCAGGGAUGGGGAAAGACAUCGACGACGGCGAACUGCAAACGUUAGAGGAGAGGACUGAAAUUCCAGAAUGCAGUAGAAAAACAAAGGCUGCUCCAGCAUUCGAGGAGGUCCUGGACGCCAUUGGGUCCAGGGGCAAGUUCCAGACGAGGCUGAACAUUGUCUUCGUUUGCAUUGCCUCAUGCUUCGACAUGAUGAGUCUCAACGUGUUCUACCUGGCUAUGCAGACUCCUGAUCACUGGUGCUACGUCCCUGGCAGGGAAUUUUCCAACCUUUCGAUUGAGGAGUGGAAGAACCUCACCAUACCGAGGGAAGGGGCCUCGUUCAGCAAGUGCCUGAUGUACAACCAGAGCGAUGUGACGGACGUCGGCGGCAGCAGGGAACCUGUGAAGUGCCAGCACGGCUGGGAGUAUGACGACACCUGGUUCUCCCUGACGGUGACGUCACAGAUGAACUGGGUCUGCGACAACCGGCAGGCCGUCAAUGACGUCUUGUUCUACUCACAGAUUAUUGGAGUGGCCCUGGGGUUACUGUUUGGCUACAUAGGCGACAUGUACGGCCGACGCCCCCAGCAGCUGCUGUGCCUGUCAGCCCACGUGGUCAGCAGAGUGCUGGUCGUCCUCGCUCCACACGUGCUGCCGCUCUUCAUCCUGGCAGCAUCCCUCGUGUCAGCUGCGGCUGGGCCCAUGGUAGAAUCGGUCUUGUCUGUCGGGCAGACACGCGUCAAGAUCGACGCAUUUUGCGAGCAGCGGCGGACCCCGGAACAUCAUGCAGGGCCGAAAUUGUGGCACACGUUGCACAUGCUGUAUCAUGAGGCCUCAUUAGCAGCCGUCUGCUUGCAGCAGGAUUAA